CAAAGCAUCAAACGUUGUCCGCCAUCUUGCCAAAGUCAAGUCGCACAAACAGAGUAGCAACAAAACCAUAAGAUUUACAACCUGCGAUCGGACUUCUAGUCCGCAAGAGUAAAAGGAACAGAUGGAGACGGAGAAAAAAUCACAAGAUCUUAAAGAAAAGCCAGCUAUCGAAGAAAAUGCCUUCGAAGCUCUGGAAAGAGAUUUUCAAGAGGUUCUCGGCGAACUCAUGGGAGAUAAAAGUCUGGAGAAGUUCCGUGUGGAAUAUGAAAAGUUACACAGAGCGUUGAAGAAGUCCCAUGAAAGCGAAAAACGUUUGAUGCAAAAAUGUCGAGAAUUGAACGCAGAGAUUGUGGCGAAUGCCUCCAAAGUUCAAACUGCUUUAAAACUGUCCCAGGAAGAUCAGACCACGAUUGCUUCGCUCAAAAAGGAAAUCGAGAAAGCAUGGAAAAUGGUAGACGCAGCCCAUGACAAAGAGCAGAGAGCACGAGAGACAAUUCAGUCUUUAAAACUUGAGAUUGCAAACCUCAGCAAGCUGGUUGAACAAGGAGCUGGUUUAACCAUGGGGCAGGACCAUAGUGUCAAUGAACUAUUAAAGAUCAAAGAUGACUUGACGAAGGAAAGAGAUGAAAAGCUGUCUGACAUUGCUAAGUUGAGAGAUGAACUGUCCAGUGCAACUAUGAAACAACAGAAAGCUGAGCAGGACAGAGAAGAGGCAGAAAUGAAGAUUGCAGAGCUUAAAGAAGAUAUUCAAGUCCGUAGUAAUGAGGCCCAGCGAGAGGCCAGGAAAAAGGAAAAAAUUGAAAAGGAGUUAAAACAAGCCAAGAAUGACUUGGAAACCAGAACUGCUGAACUUAAAACAAAAGCAGGAAAUCUUCAACGGGCCCAGGAGGACAUCACAAAGCUUGAGCAGCAGCUCAAAGAACAAAGGAUACUGAAUGAGAAAGCUAUGAAGGAUACAGACCUAUUGAAUGCUCGCCUAACCAAAGUCCAGCAAGACUUUGACCAGCAGUUGCUGAACUGUGAUCAGCUGGCAACAGAAAACACUCAGAAAGCUGCUGAGCUCAAGGCAAAAGAAGAUGAAAUCAAUGGCCUUAAACAGGACACAGUACGACUUACAAAAAUGAGAGAAGCAAUCCAGAGAAAGCUGAGAACCAUAGAGGAUCAGAAAAUGGAGGUUGAACAGCAGAAAGAAACACUCAAAGGACAGAUUGCUGGAUUAGAAAAAGAACUUGAAUCAAGCAAGAAACAGGCUGAAGCGGACAAGAAAGCCAUUGAUGACCUUGUCCGAGAAAGGGAUAUCCUGAACAAGAAUCUGCUGAAGGCAGCUGGUGCUACCCAGAAGCAGCUUGGACUUGUUCGAUUGCACGAGCAAACAAAGAAAAACUUGGAGCAGGAAAUUCAGAACUACAAAGACGAAGCUCAAAAGCAACGUAAGAUUAUCUACCAACUGGAGAAAGAGCGAGAUCGUUACAUUAAUGAAGCCAGUGAACUCACACAGAAGGUGCUACAACACAUGGAAGAUGUCAAAGUGCGAGAGAUGCAGAUCUUUGAUUACAAAAAGAAAAUUGCUGAGGCUGAAACAAAGUUGAAGCAGCAACAGAAUCUCUACGAAGCCGUCCGUAGCGAUCGUAACUUGUACAGCAAGAACCUGAUUGAAUCUCAAGAUGAGAUCACUGAGAUGAAACGUAAGCUAAAGAUCAUGAACCACCAGAUCGACCAGCUGAAGGAGGAGAUCAUGGCCAAGGAAGCAGCACUGGUGAAAGAGCAUCUGGAGCAUCAGAGAGUGGAGAAGGAGAAGGACGCACUCAAGGCUGAGUUGCAGAGGAUGAAGCAGCAGGCAGCGGAAUCCAAGGCCUACAUUGAACAGCAGGAGGUGGAGGAGAGGAAGCUGUUGAAGAUCAUAUCUGAAGCUGAUGCUGAGAGACUCCGACAGAAGAAGGAACUUGAUCAGGUGAUUAGCGAAAGAGAUAUUUUGGGAACACAGUUGGUGAGACGUAACGACGAACUGGCCUUGCUGUAUGAAAAGAUUAAAAUACAACAGUCUACUCUCAACAAGGGAGAGAUUCAGUACCGACAGAGACUAGAAGAUAUCCGACUGCUAAAACUUGAAAUCAAAAAACUUCGCCGCGAGAAGAACAUUCUUACAAAGAGUGUGGCGAACGUGGAAGAUUUAAGGCGCGAAGUGUAUCACACGCAACGCGAGCUUCUCAGAGAACGAACUCGAUGCAAAGCUUUGGAAGAAGAACUUGAAAACCCGAUGAACAUUCACAGAUGGAGAAAACUGGAGGGAAGUGAUCCAAGUACGUACGAAAUGAUCCAAAAGAUUCAAACUCUACAAAGACGACUUAUACAGAAGACUGAAGAGGUAGUGGAAAAAGAACUCCUUAUUCAAGAAAAAGAGAAACUUUACAUGGAACUAAAACAAAUCCUCGCUCGGCAACCAGGACCAGAAGUAGCCGAACAGCUCAGCAUCUAUCAACAAACACUCAAAGAAAAAACCAAGCAAAUGAAAGGAAUGUCAUCAGAACUCAACAUGUACGAGGCACAAGUCAAGGAAUAUAAGUACGAGAUUGAGAGAUUAGCUAAAGAACUGCAGGAAGUCAAGAAAAAGUUCUACAUGCAGAAGAGAAAAGAACAGCAAGCGAGGGAGAGAGACCGAGCUUACCAACAAGCCACCGGACCUGCUUUCUCUCCUCAGAGAACCGACGGACCGAGAUUCACCGGCGGAGGGUUUAAUCUUAAGCCACCCGCCAAAGCUGUAGCGUAAAAUACAAACAAUUCCUCUGUAAAUAGUGCAAAUAGAUCCUCUGGAAAUGUAUAUAUAAUUUUAAGAAUUACCUUGUAAGAAAUGACACUCAAAUUUUGAGAGGUGUAGUUUAGUAGGGCUUUGUAACGCUUAAAAAUAUUCCUCAUACUGUGUUGUGUCUCUAACUGUCUGCAAGUCGAGAUUUUGCACGUACAUUCGCACGGAAGCUGUAAAGGGCUCGUGCUAAUGUCGCUUCUUUAUGAAAGUUUUAUUUUUGUUUUAAGAAAUGCAAACAUGGUUUGAGUAAACACAUUUUAUGACAAACGUC